AUGGCGGCAGACGUGGUCUGCAGGAUUUUGAACUGUGGGACAUCUGAGUCGGUAACAACAGAUGCCUCCUACGGAGAGGGCACUGGGAAGAUCUGGCUGGAUGGGGUGAAGUGUAACGGGACAGAGCCUGCUCUCGACCAGUGCCCUGCCAGCCCAUGGGGGGUGAAUAACUGCUCCCACGCAGAGGACGCUGGAGUCUCCUGCACAGGCCCAGUCCCCGUCCGGCUGGUGAACGGGAACAACAUGUGCUCUGGGAGAGUCGAGGUCUAUCAUAACUCUACCUGGGGCACCGUCUGUGGCAGGAGCUGGAAUAAGAUGGCGGCAGACGUGGUCUGCAGGAUUUUGAACUGUGGGACAUCUGAGUCGGUAACAACAGAUGCCUCCUACGGAGAGGGCACUGGGAAGAUCUGGCUGGAUGGGGUGAAGUGUAACGGGACAGAGCCUGCUCUCGACCAGUGCCCUGCCAGCCCAUGGGGGGUGAAUAACUGUUCCCACGCAGAGGACGCUGGAGUCUCCUGCACAGGCCCGGUCCCCGUCCGGCUGGUGAACGGGAACGUGUGCUCUGGGAGAGUCGAGGUCUAUCAUAACUCUACCUGGGGCACCGUCUGUGGCAGGAACUGGAAUAAGAGUGAAGCGGACGUGGUCUGCAGGAUUUUGAACUGUGGGACAUCUGAGUCGGUAACAACAGAUGCCUCCUACAGAGAGGGCACUGGGAAGAUCUGGCUGGAUGGGGUGAAGUGUAAGGGGACAGAGCCUGCUCUCGACCAGUGCCCUGCCAGCCCAUGGGGGGUGAAUAACUGCUCCCACGCAGAGGACGCUGGAGUCUCCUGCACAGGCCCGGUCCCCGUCCGGCUGGUGAACGGGAACAACAUGUGCUCUGGGAGAGUCGAGGUCUAUCAUAACUCUACCUGGGGCACCGUCUGUGGCAGGAGCUGGAAUAGGAGUGAAGCGGACGUGGUCUGCAGGAUUUUGAACUGUGGGACAUCUGAGUCGGUAACAACAGAUGCCUCCUACGGAGAGGGCACUGGGAAGAUCUGGCUGGAUGGGGUGAAGUGUAAGGGGACAGAGCCUGCUCUCGACCAGUGCCCGGCCAGCCCAUGGGGGGUGAAUAACUGUUCCCACGCAGAGGACGCUGGAGUCUCCUGCACAGGCCCAGUCCCCGUCCGGCUGGUGAACGGGAACAACAUGUGCUCUGGGAGAGUCGAGCUCUAUCAUAACUCUACCUGGGGCACCGUCUGUGGCAGGAGCUGGAAUAGGAGUGAAGCGGACGUGGUCUGCAGGAUUUUGAACUGUGGGACAUCUGAGUCGGUAACAACAGAUGCCUCCUACGGAGAGGGCACUGGGAAGAUCUGGCUGGAUGGGGUGAAGUGUAAGGGGACAGAGCCUGCUCUCGACCAGUGCCCGGCCAGCCCAUGGGGGGUGAAUAACUGUUCCCACGCAGAGGACGCUGGAGUCUCCUGCACAGGCCCGGUCCCUGUCCGGCUGGUGAACGGGAACGUGUGCUCUGGGAGAGUCGAGGUCUAUCAUAACUCUACCUGGGGCACCGUCUGUGGCAGGAACUGGAAUAAGAAUGAAGCGGACGUGGUCUGCAGGAUUUUGAACUGUGGGACAUCUGAGUCGGUAACAACAGAUGCCUCCUACGGAGAGGGCACUGGGAAGAUCUGGCUGGAUGGGGUGAAGUGUAAGGGGACAGAGCCUGCUCUCGACCAGUGCCCUGCCAGCCCAUGGGAUGUGAAUAACUGUUCCCACGCAGAGGACGCUGGAGUCUCCUGCACAGGCCCAGUCCCCGUCCGGCUGGUGAACGGGAACAACAUGUGCUCUGGGAGAGUCGAGGUCUAUCAUAACUCUACCUGGGGCACCGUCUGUGGCAGGAGCUGGAAUAAGAUGGCGGCAGACGUGGUCUGCAGGAUUUUGAACUGUGGGACAUCUGAGUCGGUAACAACAGAUGCCUCCUACGGAGAGGGCACUGGGAAGAUCUGGCUGGAUGGGGUGAAGUGUAAGGGGACAGAGCCUGCUCUCGACCAGUGCCCUGCCAGCCCAUGGGGGGUGAAUAACUGCUCCCACGCAGAGGACGCUGGAGUCUCCUGCACAGGCCCGGUCCCCAUCCGGCUGGUGAACGGGAACAACAUUUGCUCUGGGAGAGUCGAGGUCUAUCAUAACUCUACCUGGGGUACCGUCUGUGGCAGGAGCUGGAAUAGGAGUGAAGCGGACGUGGUCUGCAGGAUUUUGAACUGUGGGACAUCUGAGUCGGUAACAACAGAUGCCUCCUACGGAGAGGGCACUGGGAAGAUCUGGCUGGAUGGGGUGAAGUGUAAGGGGACAGAGCCUGCUCUCGACCAGUGCCCGGCCAGCCCAUGGGGGGUGAAUAACUGCUCCCACGCAGAGGACGCUGGAGUCUCCUGCACAGGCCCGGUCCCCAUCCGGCUGGUGAACGGGAACAACAUCUGCUCUGGGAGAGUCGAGGUCUAUCAUAACUCUACCUGGGGUACCGUCUGUGGCAGGAGCUGGAAUAGGAGUGAAGCGGACGUGGUCUGCAGGAUUUUGAACUGUGGGACAUCUGAGUCGGUAACAACAGAUGCCUCCUACAGAGAGGGCACUGGGAAGAUCUGGCUGGAUGGGGUGAAGUGUAAGGGGACAGAGCCUGCUCUCGACCAGUGCCCAGCCAGCCCAUGGGGGGUGAAUAACUGCUCCCACGCAGAGGACGCUGGAGUCUCCUGCACAGGCCCGGUCCCCGUCCGGCUGGUGAACGGGAACGUGUGCUCUGGGAGAGUCGAGGUCUAUCAUAACUCUACCUGGGGCACCGUCUGUGGCAGUAGCUGGAAUAAGAGUGAAGCGGACGUGGUCUGCAGGAUUUUGAACUGUGGGACAUCUGAGUCGGUAACAACAGAUGCCUCCUACGGAGAGGGCACUGGGAAGAUCUGGCUGGAUGGGGUGAAGUGUAAGGGGACAGAGCCUGCUCUCGACCAGUGCCCUGCCAGCCCAUGGGGGGUGAAUAACUGCUCCCACGCAGAGGACGCUGGAGUCUCCUGCACAGGCCCGGUCCCCGUCCGGCUGGUGAACGGGAACGUGUGCUCUGGGAGAGUCGAGGUCUAUCAUAACUCUACCUGGGGCACCGUCUGUGGCAGUAGCUGGAAUAAGAGUGAAGCGGACGUGGUCUGCAGGAUUUUGAACUGUGGGACAUCUGAGUCGGUAACAACAGAUGCCUCCUACGGAGAGGGCACUGGGAAGAUCUGGCUGGAUGGGGUGAAGUGUAAGGGGACAGAGCCUGCUCUCGACCAGUGCCCUGCCAGCCCAUGGGGGGUGAAUAACUGCUCCCACGCAGAGGACGCUGGAGUCUCCUGCACAGAGUCGUGCGUUGAAGAACUGGAGUUGAAUCUGGAUGACCUUUGGUGCGUACGGGAGAAUGAGGAGAUGAUGGAUAGAAGCCCCUAA